AUGGAGGCCCCGGCAGGGCGUGUCUCUAGUGAUAGGAACCUGGUACGUAGAGACCCUCUAGGUGCAGACAGCUACAAGAUGCAGAACAGCCCCUACGUGGGGCCAGCAAAGCUCCUCCGAGCUGGCAAACGGGAGCUGUUCAUUCCCCCAGGACUCAGUGAGGCUCCGGCCGCUGUUGGCCAGCACCCCGUACGAGCCCCACAGGGCCUGAACGGCUUGUGGAGUCGCUGCUUCCUCUUUGUUGGGUCCCCUCACUGGGUUACUGCCCUGGAGAGGCAGGUGUUUGACUUCCUGGGCUACCAGUGGGCACCCAUCCUGGCGAACUUUGUCCACAUCGUCAUGGUCAUCUUGGGGCUCUUCGGCACCAUCCAGUACCGGCCACGCUACAUAGUGGCGUACACUGUGUGGGCAGCUGUCUGGAUCACCUGGAACGUCUUCAUCAUCUGCUUCUACCUGGAAGUAGGGGGCCUGUCGAAGGACAGUGAGCUCCUCACCUUCAGCUUGUCCCGGCAGCACUCCUGGUGGCGCGAACACGGGCUAGGCUGUGUGCGUGCACGUGAGGAGAAGGCUGCGGCGGGCCUCGGGGUCCGGCCUGACCAGGCCCUGGUGUCGGGAGGCCUCUGCGCCCUGGAGCACAGCUAUGUGGAGGCUCUGCACAGCGGUCUGCAGAUCCUGGGGGCUCUCCUGGGCUUCAUCUACGGCUGCUAUGUGGUCAGUGUGUUUACAGAGGAAGAAGACAGCUUUGAUUUCAUUGGUGGAUUUGAGCCUUUCCCUCUGUACCAUGUCAAUGAAAAGCCGUCCGGCCUCUUGUCCAAGCAGGCACGAUUGCCCGCGUAAGUGAAGAGGCCCUGACUCCGUUCCUGAGACCUGACCUUGGCCUGAGACCGAGGCGGGGCCCGG